AAGAGCAAGAGAAUUUCAGAAACACGUUUCUCAUUGCACUGUAUUAGCGUUGCCUGUUACAAAUUGACAAACAGUUCAUCCGCCUGUGAUGAGGACAAAAUGUCAUAGAUUAUUUAAAAAGAGUUUUCGGUGAACUAACUAGUGUAAUGCAGCCGACUUCUGACUGUACUACAGUGAGCUCAACGCUGAACCAGGCUUCAGCUGGUUCUACAUUUCAUGUUCUCCUGGGUGUAACUGGAAGUGUUGCAGCACUUAAGUUGCCUUUGUUGGUAUCACAACUUCUUGAAAUCCCAGGGAUUGAGCUACGGGUAGUCACCACAGACCAUGCCACUCAUUUUUUCAAAGUUGCUGAGGUUCCUGUCCGUGUCUACACAGACCAGGAUGAAUGGGAAAUGUGGAAAACGCGCUCUGACCCUGUGCUACACAUAGAGCUGAGACGGUGGGCCGACCUGCUAGUCAUUGCUCCAUUGGAUGCAAACACGCUUGGCAAGAUAGCCAGUGGUAUUUGUGACAACCUUCUGACAUGCAUUGUAAGAGCGUGGGAUAUGAGUCGUCCUCUACUCUUUUGUCCUGCCAUGAACACGGCCAUGUGGCAGCAUCCAAUUACUGCUCAGCAAGUGGCCAAGCUUCAGGGCUUCGGUUAUGUGGAGAUCCCCUGCAUUUCUAAGAAGCUGGUCUGUGGAGAUGAAGGCAAAGGUGCAAUGGCAGAGGUGUCAACUAUUGUGAAGGCCGUCCAACAGUAUCUUCCAAGACCAACUAUUUAAAGGGGAACAGAGGGCUAUAUAUUAGAGUAAAUAUAACAAUAAAACACACAUUGAUGAACCUUA